AUUCACACAUAGACCCUGCGAAGAAUUUGGAGGAUCUCAUCUAGAAGAAUGAGUUUUUCUGAGAGACAAAGGAGAAGACGGCAAAAUGCCUUUGGUGCGACAUCUCCGCCGUUUAUUGACUAUUUAAAAGAUAUUCUGCGCAGAUAUCCGGACGGAGGUCAAAUCCUGAAGGAGCUGAUACAGAAUGCAGAUGAUGCCGGUGCUACAGAGGUAGUGUUCAUCCAUGAUGACAGAGCCUAUGGGACCCAGGCCCUUUGGGCUGAAGACCUGGAGAAAUACCAGGGUCCUGCCCUCUACGCCUACAACAACGCAGAGUUCACCGAGGAUGACUGGCGAGGCAUACAGGCCACAGGGAGAAGCGUCAAGCGCAACGAUCCAAACAAAGUGGGCCGGUUUGGGAUCGGAUUCAACUCCAUCUAUCACGUUACAGAUUUACCAUGCAUAUUCAGUGGCAAAUACCUUGGCAUGCUGGACCCACAGGAGAAGAUAUUCGGAGAGCGAGAGGGAGGCAUGCGCUGGUCUCUUGAUGAUGAGGAAGACAGGGACGCACUGCUGGUUUUGAGUGAUCAGCUCCAGCCGUUUAGAGAUGCGCUGGUACAUGUCAGUGACCAAACCUGGGAAGAUGCUGUUAGUGAAGACAAAAAGUUCAGCGGAACCCUCUUCCGGUUUUCUUUACGUAACGAGCCAUCUGAGAUUUCAGACAACUUGUACGAUUCUGACAAAAUGGUUCAGCUGUUUAACAGCUUCAUUGCUGAUGCAGACAUGAGCCUUCUUUUCCUGAGAAAUGUUUCAUCGGUCUCACUGAUUCACAUCAGUACAAAUGGCUCAGUCAAUGUCAGACAUAAGGUGUCAGCAUCAAGCCCUGCAGUUAAUGAAUCCUUUCAUCCAAGAGAAAUGCCGUCUGUAGAGGGGUUCACACAUUUUAAAAACGUAUCCUCCUACUGUCCAAGCAAAGGCAAAACAGAAGUCCAGUGGCUUGUAACAAUGUGCUGUAUGAAAGAAGGACACGUGCCAGAGCUUGAUUCGCUAGCCGGGAAACUAAGCUUUCGACCCCAAGUUGACCUGGCAUUUCCGUUAGAUCAGGAGCGGUCUCUGACUGAUGGAAGACUGAGCUGCUUUCUGCCCCUUCCCAACAACGAACCAAACUGCACUGGACUCCCCGUUCAUGUUAACGCCUGUUUCGGCCUCACGGACAACAGGAGGCACAUCAAAUGGCAGGAGGAGGACCAGAGAUUCGAUGAAGCGGCCGUCUGGAACGAGUUGCUCGUUAAGGAACUUCUCCCUCGUGCAUACCAAAUGAUCAUUCUGGAUGCCGUUCGCUUUUCGCGAAGCUCUGACUUUCCUUCCUCCUCCGCGUACCAUCUUUGGCCUGACCUCGACCAGAUGAAACACAAGGAGCGAUGGCACAGUGUCGCUGCGGGAAUGCUGCGGCAGCUUCUCCUGUCGAAUGAACCCGUCUUUUCUCUGGCUGGGGAUGCACAAAAAUGGGUGACGUUGUCAGAAGCUGUGUUCUUAACUGAUUACAGCAUGGAGCCUCAAAUGAAGAAUGCCGUGUCGGGUGUUCUGAUCGCCCUGGGAGAAAAGUUGGUGUCCAUUCCCAGUCAUAUAUCAAGAGACAUCCAGGCUGCUGUUGAAAAUCCCAAAACCUUAACAAGAGCAACCCCUGCUUUUGUUCGAAAGGUCUUCCGCAAAAAUGGAAAUGCUGGUCUCUCCAGAGAGGACAAGCUCUUUAUUUUGGAAUAUGUACUGAGCGAUGGGAAAUACCAUGAGCUCUGGGGGCUGCAGCUUCUACCUCUUAGCAAUGGGACUUUCAAGACAUUCUCAAAUGAAGAUCACAAUCUGGCCUUCAUUGACAAUAAGCAGUUCCCACGUGAGUUGCUGCCUGGCUGGAAGGAUGUAUUCUUGCCCCGAGAUCUCCGAAGUAACACUCUGCUCCACCUGAAGAAACUGGCAGAAACAAGCACAUACAAUAAAAUUAUCAACAUGAAUUCAAGAAUUGUGGCAAAAUUAGCCAUAAAAAGUCUUCCUAAAGACUGGCAGAAGACAAAAGGUCAUGUCACUUGGCAGGUGGGAAAUGGUCAACACCCUCCUAUGCAGUGGCUCAGUGAUUUCUGGAAAUUUCUCAGAACGAAUUGGACCGAGUUAAGCAGCUUUGUUGGCAUGCCAUUAGUCCCUCUUAAACCUCUUCUGGAUUCCACCAGUUCUGUCAUUUUAGCAAAGCUACAACUGAACACAACACUGAUGUUUCAGAAAAGCAGACAGAACAGCUUAUCAGAUCAAAUUGCAAAGGUGGUGGAAAAAGUUGGUGGUACCAUCAUAAAGAGGGACACUUUUCUGGAUCAUACGGAUCUUGAGACCUAUGUGCUAACUCCCUCCCCAAGGAACAUUCUACAUCUAUUCCUCAACUUAGAGAAGCAUCAGGUUAUCCAUGGAAUUGAGUCAGCUUCAGCCGCAGAAAAGGAAGAAUUGAAAUCAUACCUCUCUUCACUGGAUUCUCUCUCAUUAGCAGAGAAAGGUCUUCUCUCAGAGUUGCCCUUCUUCCGUUCAAUGGCUUCUCUAAAACUCAAUCCUGGAGAAUACAUUUCUGUUAAGUCAAAGCAGGCAGUUCUCCUGAAUACGACUCCGCCCUUCCCAGAAAACCUUCUCAUGACUGAUGUAGUUGCUCAGUGUGCAAAUGAAGCAGACCGUAGGCUCCUUACGUUGCUCAACAUUGAUGUCAUUAAUGCAGCUCAGGCAGCCACACUUUUGGUCAAAGGAAUUGAGAAGAGACUGUACAAAAGUCAAGAGGUAGACAAAAUAAUGACCUGGAUAUUACAAAAUGGUAGAAUCCUCUUUUCUCAGGACCGGACAUUGCACACAAAAUGUCAGGAUUUGAGCUUCAUUGAAAUACAACCAAGUGAUCACAAAAAAACUUCAAGUUUCUUUGACCCUGGCAACAAAACAUUCAGCACUCGAAUCCUAAACCCAGAAUUUGUUGGUAUAGAGCAAUGUGGCCAGACAGAACCCAUAACCCUAAGGAUCAAAAACAUACUGAAAGAGUAUGAUGAGGAAAAUGAUCUCUUCAAAGAACUUAUACAGAAUGCAGAAGAUGCUGGUGCAACCACAUGUAAAUUUAUGCUCGAUUUCAGAAGCCAUAAAGAUCCCCCUGAUACUCUUAUAGACCAAGACAUGUCUCUGUGCCAUGGUCCUUGUCUCUGGGCAUACAAUGAUGAACUUUUCACAGAAGAAGACUGGGCAAACAUUGUCAAAGUUGGAUCUGCCUCCAAAGAAACAAAAGUAGAAAAAAUUGGGAAGUUUGGACUUGGUUUCAAUUCUGUGUAUCACGUGACUGAUAUUCCCUCAGUCCUCAGUGGUAAGAAUCUCCUCAUACUGGAUCCAAAUGUGACUCACCUGAAGAAGCAUAUACAAAGUAAAGCGAAGUCCUGGGAUCAAACUUAACCUAUUCCAAGAACGUCUAUUUCAUAGGUUUCCUGGACAGUUCAAACCAUAUCAAGGGAUAUUUGACUGCGAUUUAUCAAGAGACAGUACACACAAAUUCUUCAAUGGAACACUCAUUAAAUUGCCUUUCCGGACACACGAAGAAGCUCUGUCAUCAGAGGUUAGUAAAAAGGUUUUUGAAGGAAAAACAAUUGCUGCUUUUUCACAACAUUUGACCCAUAAUUCA